GAAGAAGAAGGUAACUACAAUAGCUGGCUCUCUCUCCACCAGUCUACACUAAUGUUGACUGGAUACAAGAAUGUUUUCCAGAGAAUUCUGUCAUUGAUCUGCAGAAGGAGCUACCACGAAAGCAUCUCUCAAACACUCGCUUGUUCCCCUUUGUCUUCUCACUCCAAAUUGUCUGCCCUUCGCUCAUCCUUUUUUUCUGACCCCUCUCAUUGUAGUAUUAGGUCUUGUCAGCUUUCUACCCAUCUCCAUCUCUGUCAUUGCUACUCUUUUUCGUGCUCCCUUUCCCACUCUUCUCGUCCAACAGGUCCAAUGGAUUUAAAGGAGGUUCUCAAGGUUCUGGAGCAGCUCGCCCCUCUAUCACUGGCAGAGUCCUGGGAUAACGUUGGCCUAUUAGUUGAGCCCAUUAAAUGUCGGCCUAUCAAAACCAUCCUGUUAACCAAUGACCUGACCGACUCUGUCAUGUCAGAAGCAGAGGCCAUGAACUGCGAUCUCAUUAUCUCUUACCACCCCCUGUUGUUUCAUCCAAUCAAGUGCUUGGUUUCAAAGGACUGGAAGCAGCGAUUGGCUAUCCGGGCGAUUACGGCUGGAAUAGCAGUGUUUUCUCCUCACACCUCUUGGGACAGCGUCAAAGGAGGCGUGAAUGACUGGCUGGUUGAAGGAGUUGGGAGUGGCAAAGUUUCAGUGUUGAGUCAAGCAUUCAGUAGCGCCCCCCAGAGCCACAAACUGGAGUUUACAGCCAGGAGUCAGGAGGAGCUCAACACCAUCAUGGCAGAACUGAAGGGGAUGAAUAGCGGUGUCAAUUUACAGCACACAGCUGUCAGCUCUGAAACUGAUGGCUUCUUCGUAAGUCUGAUCUGUCCAGACUCAGGGCUGACCCCCAGUGUUCAAACUCUGUUACAACACGCCACUCCCAGCCAGUCUCUCAGUAUCCUUCAAGUAAAAAAGCGUCCUCUCCCAGGCUACGGCCAAGGGCGACUCAACGUUUUGGACGAGCCCGUAACUGUGGCGGCGGCCGUCCAGCAAAUGAAAUCACACCUGGGUUUGAAUCACCUUCGACUGGCCCUCGGAGCCCAGCAAACUUUAGAGUCCAUUGUAAGCACCGUGGCAGUGUGUGCUGGGUCCGGAGGCUCAGUAUUGAAAGGAGUGAAAGCAGACCUCUACAUCACUGGUGAGAUGUCCCAUCACGAGGUCCUGGACUCCGUUGCUGCGGGUGCCAGCGUGAUCCUCAGUGACCAUAGCAACAGCGAGCGGGGUUUCCUGGCCGUGUUCAAGAAGAGGCUGGCAGGGCAUCUGUCCAACUCCGUUACCGUGGCGCUGUCACGGGCUGACAGGGACCCCCUGGAGGUGGUCUGAGAUGCUUACAGUUUUCACCAACUGGCGGCCCACAGGCCGAAUCUAUUCUGCAGGUGGUUUUCUGAGAAAAUAAUUAAUAAAUUCAUAUUUGGACAUAAGGCUGUAAAAACACCAGGAAAUCAACUCAAAGUGAUUUUAAUUUUGGACAUCUGUUCCCAAGUAAUCCCACGCAUAAUAGAGAUGUGAUUGUAUACUAAUGUAAGCAAGGUUUGAAAUGAUUGUUUAAGUCAAAAAUAUGUUUGGGCUUCUUCAUGUCUAUUUGCAAUUAUGUUCCAACCUGCCCGACCAUCCCCUCAAGGAAAAAAAUAGGACUGUGGUUGAAUCUAGUUGAUGAUCUCUGCGUUAAAGGAUUUAAUAAAUAAUGCAAUAAUAAGGAAAUACAGGACUAAUGUAUACAACUGAAUAAGGUAAUCCUUUGGGUGAUAUUCAAAGUAUGCAUCUACAUCAGUGGUCACCACAGCAUUCCUAGUCAUUUACCAAACAUUAAUGUAAAAAAUAUAUAUAAAUCCUUGC